AUGACCGAUCACGCAGAAUUACUUGACGAUCUUAUUUAUUUUGCUCGUGCUGGUGAACUUGAAGAUAUUAAAGAGCUUAAGCUUUCUCCUGAAACUUUAGUUGAAAAAGAUGAAUCUGGCAAAACUGCUCUUCAUAUGGCCAGUGCUAAUAAUCAUGUUGAUAUUGUUACUUACAUUGUAGAACAGCUUUCAACAUUAGAUGAAAAAAAGAAAGUCGAGUUAAUUAACAUUAAAAACGAUCAAGGAAAUACACCACUUCAUUGGGCUGCAUUAAAUGGACACUAUGAUGUUGUAGAGAUCUUAAUUAAAAAUAAUAUGAACAUUUCACCUAUAUAUGAAGCACAACAAAGAAAUCAUGAAAAGAUAGCUGAAUACUUUUUGAAUACGAUGGUUGAAGAUGAGCCUGAAGAACCAAUUGCUGAAGAUGAGCAAUAUGUUGAAACGGGUGUGCCUGAAAGUGGUAGUGGCAAUUAA